GCAAAAGUUUAAAUUAUAUGAUAGUUUCGUAAAAAUAAAAAUGAUAUAAAAGCAAGUUGAAAUUGAGUAUUUAGGAGGCGCGCCCGAAUUCCAUUGAAGGGAAUCAGCUGAAGAGUUUCCGUCUCCGGGAAAAGGAGAAGGCCAUAUUCUUAGCCAAAUUCGAUCCAAGAUACCUUUUUUUCAAGCGCUGAAGUUGAUUAUAAGAUAGGACAGAUAAUCCCACCUAGCUGGUAAAUUUCAAAGCUCUCAACUUCCUGUCUGCCCAUUAGGUGUUUGUCAAAAAGUCUUGCCUAAAAUUCGUCAAAUUUCUCUUCAUUUUUUAUGAAGUUCGAUAAGAUUUUGGUCACUUGUUUCAAAUAUAAGUAUGUUAUUGAUUAAACAUACCACCAAUUAAGUAGGUAUGAGUAUUAGGUGGCCAAGGAUUUUAACGCCCACAUGUUUAUCUCAGAUUAUUAGGAAGCAGAAUAAUCCCCAAACAGCUUACCAACUGUUUAAGGAAGCCAAAUGUAGGUACCCAGAUUAUCGGCACAAUGGUCCAGUGUAUGCCACAAUGAUCAAUAUACUCGGAAACUCGGGCAGAGUUUCCGAGAUGAGAGAAGUGAUGGAUCAGAUGAGAGAUGACUCUUGUGAAUGCAAAGAUUCUGUAUUUUCAUUUGCAAUUAAAACGUAUGCUAGUCAUGGAUUAUUGGAAGAUGGUAUAUCUCUUUUUAAAAGUUUUGGGAGAUUUAACUGUACCAAUAGAACACAAACUUUCAAUACUCUUUUAGAAAUCCUGUUGAAGGAAUCUCAGCUUCAUGCUGCUUGUCAGCUUUUUCAGGAGUGUUCUUAUGGUUGGGGAGUGAAAUCCAGGACUCAGUCCUUGAAUUUGUUGAUGCAAUCUCUCUGCCAAAGAGGUCAGUCGGAGCUUGCUUUACAUGUCUUUCAAGAAAUGGAUUACCAAAGUUGCUAUCCAAAUAGACUGAGUUAUUUGAUUGUAAUGAAAGGACUGUGUCAAGAUGGUAGGCUUAACGAGGCCAUCCAUUUGUUGUAUUCCAUGUUUUGGAGAAUUUCCCGAAAGGGUGGUGGCGGGGACAUAGUAAUUUAUAGAACCCUUCUGUUUGCUUUGUGUGAUAAUGGAGAGAUCGAGCAAGCUGUGGAAAUACUUGGCAAGAUCUUGAGGAAAGGACUAAAAGCCCCUAAACGGGCUCAUUACCGAAUCGACUUAGAUCAAUGCAGGAAUAGCAACCUCACCAUUGAGGAAAUCAAGAGUUUAAUCAAUGAAGCUUUAAUCAAAGGCGGAAUUCCCAGUUCAGAUAGCUAUUGUGCCAUGGCUGUUGAUCUAUAUAACGAAAACAAGACUGAUCAGGGAGAUAAAGUGGUUAGCCACAUGAUAGCUAAAGGCUUCAGGCCACCAUCCUUGAUCUAUGAAGCGAAAGCAGCUUCAUUAUGCAAAGAAGGCAAAGUUGACGAUGCAGUCAAAGUAAUUGAAGAGCAAAUAGUGGGAGGCUGUGUUCCAACUAUUGCAUUGUACAACAUCGUUCUGAAGGGUCUUUGUGAUGAUGGAAAAUCAACAGUGGCUAUGGAGUAUUUGAAGAAAAUGGCAAAGCAGGUCGGUCUUGUUGCCAACAAAGAAACUUACAGCACUUUAGUACAUGGACUUUGUCUCGAAAAUCGAUAUAUUGAAGCAUGUAAGGUUUUAGAGGAGAUGGUAAUCAAAUCGUUUUGCCCUUGCUCUAACACAUUCAAUACACUUAUCAAAGGUCUUUGCUCAGUUGGAAAACACUAUGAAGCUGUGAUGUGGUUGGAAGAAAUGAUUAGCCAAGGUCAAUUGCCUCAUGUUUGUGUCUGGAAUUCUUUGGUUUCAUCUUUGUGUUGCGAUGUGGCUGGCAUCGAUAUGUGUUCCAGGGUUUUAUGAUACUGGAGUAUUUACUAUAAAAAUCUCAUUCUGGUUCUUUCAAAAUAUUGAAUGACACUUCAUUUUGUUUUCAUUUUUUGAUAUAUUGAUUAAUGAGUUUAGUUAA